AUGGCAUCGUCAAUGCGACCAUUUACCCGGCUGAUCGGCCGUGCCUCUCGUCCUUUCGUCCACUCCAUCGAAAAUACAACCUCUAGGACGGUCCCCUCGCAGAGCUGUCUCCUCCAAUCUCUCCAAAACUCACCUACAGCAUUUACCGGUUCCAGACCCAAUGGACCUCUUUCACUUCGGUCCUUCACAACAUCUUCUCUUCGUGCCCGGGCACGAACAAUGGGCGAGCUCCGCGCCCGGAACUCUACAGGGCCUUUCUCAUGGAAGGCGGCUCUACUUUUCAUCAUCACGGGUGGGGGUAUGAUCGUGUAUUUCCGCGUGGAGAAGGAACGUCUGGAACGAAAGAGGGUUGCGGAAAUGAGCAAAGGUGUGGGAAGACCCAAGGUUGGCGGGCCCUUUGUAUUGAAGGACCUGAACGGGAAGGAGUUCACGGCGGAGGAUUUGAAAGGAAAAUAUAGCUUGGUUUACUUUGGUUUCACUCACUGCCCCGAUAUUUGCCCGGACGAGCUGGAUAAAAUGGCCGAGAUUAUUGAUAGUGUGAACGAGGCUACAAAGGAUGAGAAGGUCUUCUUACCCGUUUUUAUCACUUGUGACCCGGUCCGUGAUACCCCAGAGGUACUGCGAUCAUAUCUGCAGGAAUUUCAUAAGAGUAUUAUUGGCUUGACUGGUACCUACGAGCAGGUCAAGAAUGUGUGCAAGCAAUAUCGAGUGUACUUCAGUACACCGCAGAAUGUGAAUGCCGGUGAGGAUUAUCUCGUGGACCACAGCAUUUACUUCUAUCUGAUGGACCCCGAGGGCGACUUCGUCGAAUGUAUCGGACGCCAGGAUACUCCCGAGUCAGCGACGAAGCUCAUCAUGGAGCAUAUCAACGACUGGAAGAGGGAGGGAAAGCCACUGAAACGCGAGUAG